AUGCUGCUCAGAUCUGUUUUAUUUCUCUUCACAUCUUUUGUGAGUCUCGUCUCAGGGGCAGAUUUUUGCUACUAUUCCCAACUUCAAUGCAACCACACCUGCACAGGUCCAGAGCUGUGGGGACUGGUUUCACAAACCUGCAAUGGUAGAUCUCAGUCUCCAGUUAAUAUUGUCACAAGUAAAGUGCUACCAGAUGAACGCCUGACUCCUUUUCACUUCACCGGUUAUAAAGAGACUUUUUAUGAGAGCCUCAUAAAUACUGGCCACAGUGUUCAGCUAAAUUUGCCUUCCAGUAUACAAAUCAAAGAAGGAAAUCUGGUUGAUGAAUACAAGGCAAUUCAGUUUCACCUGGGGCAAAGAUGGAGGACUUGGUUCUAGCACACAAUUGAUGGAGAAACGUUUCCAAUGGAGAUGCAUAUCGUCCAUAUAAAAGAAGAAUAUGACUUGUUAGCUGAGGCUUCAAAAGACAGUACAAGUGUGGCUGUUUUGGGAUUUUUUUUUCAGGAGUCUGAGUCUGCAAAUGAGAAGUAUGAUCAUCUUAUCAGUGCACUGAAAUACAUAUCUCAACCUAAAACGAAUGUAACGCUGGUGGGUGUCUCCCUGGACAUGUUCAUUCCUUCUGAAAUUGACAGGACCAAGUACUUUCACUACAAGGGCUCCCUCACCGAACCUGACUGUGCUGAAGCUGUGGUCUGGACCCUGUUUGAAAGCACUAUUCCUCUCAGCAGGAAUCAGCUCGCUACUUUCAACCAACUUCUGUUUUAUGAUGGACAGAAAAUGGUCAACAACUACAGACCGGUACAGCCUUUGAAUGGAAGAGAGGUGUAUUACUCCAGUGGCCAACUAGCUUUGGUUAGCUCUGUGUAA